CACACAUACACACACACACCCCUCCUGUGGACCUAGGGCGCCUCCCAGCGGACGCAGCCGGGAGAACAGGAGGAGGGAUCAGAACAGCUCGAGUUCAAGGAGACGAACGGUAGAGCGAGCGCCUCUUCUUCUGAAGGACGCCCGGACCUCGCGCGUAUCCAGGACUUUAUUAUUUUUAUUCUUCUCUUUUUCUCCUCCUUUCCUCCCGUUCUCUUUCCGUUCUCUUUCCCACGAGAUGAGUGACUGAUCCAGAGAGGGUCCGACGCGCUGUUAUUCUAAAGUUUUGGGUCAAUUAGAAGGAGAGGAUGAUGAUGAGGUCCGAGGUCAUCGCGCUGUGCUUCCUGUUCGGAGCCGCGGCACAUGCACAGGCCGUCCCAGAAUGCAACAAGAAACAUGAGUGUCCAAUAGAUGUGUACUUUACAAUCGACACUUCUGAGACCAUCGCCCUGCAAGAACCUCCCCCUGGAUCACUGGUGGAGAGCAUUAAGAUGUUUACAGAGCGUUUUGCAGAUCGUCUAGAGGAUGCUGACUAUAAAGGUCUGGUCCAGAUCAGAUGGCAGAUAGGAGGACUACACUUCUCCCAGAGACAACAGGUCUUCAGCCGCAUUCAGGCCAAGGACGCCUUCAUCCAGGGUUUGAGGAAUAUCCGGUACCUGGGUAAGGGAACCUACAUCGACUGCGCCCUCGCUAACAUGACACAGGAAAUGACACGUUUGCCCUCUAACCCCGGAGCGCUGCGAUUCGCUGUCGUGAUUACCGACGGUCACGUGACAGGAAACCCGUGUGGCGGGGUGAAGGUGACGGCCGAGCGUGCGCGCGACGAGGGUAUCAGAAUGUUUGUGGUCGCGGCAACAAAGAACGUGGACGAGACGGGUCUGAGGGAGAUCGCUAACUCUCCGGCCAACGUCUACAGAAAAGACUUCCUGGCUGUCGACCUCAGUGGCAACAAGCCUGUUAUACAGCUGGAUACUAUAGACCGGAUCAUCAAGACCAUGACCCAUCUGGCCUAUCAGGAGUGCUACAAGGUGAAGUGUCUGGAGACAGAUGGAAGUCCUGGUCCUGAAGGACACAGAGGACAGAAGGGAGCUAAAGGAGACAACGGCAACCCUGGACCUAAAGGCGAUAGGGGAAGACAGGGCGACCCCGGCAUCGAGGGUCCCAUCGGUCAACCAGGAGUCAAGGGUGAAAUAGGGAUCAAAGGUGAAAAGGGGGAGAUCGGAGCUGAGGGGAAGAAGGGUGUGGCCGGCCUCGCUGGACGCAACGGGACAGAUGGACAGAAGGGGAAGAUCGGACGCAUCGGCGCUCCCGGCUGCAAAGGAGAUCCAGGAGACAGGGGUCAUGAUGGUCACCCAGGAGAUGCGGGCGAUGGUGGUCUUCCUGGAACAGAUGGAGAGAAGGGAGAUCCCGGUCGUUCAGGAAGAGCAGGCCCCCUUGGCCCGGUGGGAGUCUCUGGGCCUAAGGGUGAGAGAGGGAGUGCUGGCACACCUGGCUUCCCUGGAAACAAAGGAACGCCAGGAACCGCUGGAGGCCCGGGAGUCAAUGGAGAACUGGGGAGAAGAGGAGACUUUGGGCCAAAGGGGACCCCGGGAACAGACGGAGUUAAAGGAGACAAGGGCGAGGCAGGACCUGAGGGACUGAGAGGACUACCAGGUGAAGUAGGAAACAAAGGAACCAAGGGAGACAACGGACUCCCAGGACCACGAGGGCCCCCCGGCACUUCAGGAGACGCAGGGAAGAACGGUACCCGUGGCGACCCUGGCGAUGCUGGACCUAGAGGAGACCCCGGCCUUCCAGGACUGAAGGGUGACGUUGGAAGAGCUGGCUUCAGUUACCCAGGACCAAGAGGACCAACGGGUGAACGUGGGGAGAAGGGCGGCCCAGGCCCCAGGGGAGGCAGAGGAGACUGUGGCCCCAAGGGAGGACCAGGGGGAAAGGGAACCUCUGGAGAGGAGGGAGAACCAGGGCCUCAGGGAGAACCUGGAUUCAGAGGACCAAGAGGAGUGGGUGGACGAGACGGAGAUCCAGGUCCCGAGGGAGAUCCCGGCCUCACAGAAUGUGAUGUCAUGAACUACAUCAGAGAGACCUGCGGCUGCUGUGACUGUGAGAAGCGAUGCGGGGCGCUGGACAUCGUGUUUGUGAUUGACAGCUCAGAGUCGGUGGGUCUGACCAAUUUUACUCUGGAGAAGAACUUUGUUAUCAACACCAUCAACAGACUGGGCUCUAUGGCCAAGGACCCCAACUCAGAGACAGGUACCAGAGUGGGUGUGGUCCAGUACAGUCACAGUGGAACCUUCCAGGCCAUCCGUCUCAAUGACUCCAAGAUCGACUCACUGUCUGCCUUCAAGGAUGCGGUAAAGCGUCUGGAAUGGAUAGCCGGGGGAACGUGGACCCCGUCAGCGCUGAAAUACGCCUACGACCACCUGAUCAAGGACAGCCGCCGAGCUAAAGCCAACGUCACCGUGGUGGUUAUCACGGACGGACGGUUCGACCCCAGGGACGACGACUCACUGCUCACAUACCUCUGCAGCGACCCCAGUGUUGAUGUGAGUGCUAUAGGUAUAGGGGACAUGUUUGACCAGAUAGAGGAGAAUGAGAGCCUGAAGAGUAUAGCCUGUCAGAGAGAUGGUAGGGUUCUGGGGAUGAGACGCUUCGCUGAUCUGGUGGCAGAGGAGUUCAUCGACAAGAUAGAGACCGUGCUCUGCCCAGGUACACACACCUACAAUCCUGUCAUCGUGUGUCCUGACCUCCCCUGUAAAACUGAGCCAGCGGUGGCCAGCUGCGUCCAGCGCCCUGUGGACCUUGUGUUCAUGCUGGACGGGUCUGAGAGGAUGGGAGUGGAGAACCACCGCCGCGCCAAGGAGUUCAUUGAGAACGUGGCGCGCCGCCUCACUCUGGCCAAUGGCCAAUCAGACGACAGGAACGCCCGCAUCGCCCUGCUGCAGUACGGCAGCAAAUCAGAACAGAAGGUUGAGUUUUCGCUCACGCACAAUCUGACGGUGAUCGCUGAUUCGCUGGCUGGGAUGAGCUACAUGGACUCCGCCUCCUCUCUGGGCAGCGCCAUCAUACACGCUGUCAACAACCUGGUGAUGUCACAGGUACACGUUACGCACACACGCUGUCAACAACCUGGUGAUGUCACAGGGCAGCCGCCUGGCGCGUCGUAACGCUGAACUGUCUUUUGUCUUCAUUACCGACGGAAUCACUGCCAGCGAAAGCCUGGAGGAGGGCGUGUCGGCCAUGCGGCGGGCUGAGGGUGUUCCCACGGUGAUCGCCAUGGGCACCGACAUGGACCAGGACGUGCUGAGGAAGGUUGCCCUGGGAGACACGUCAGCCAUCUUUAGAGGGGAGGACUACGCCACGCUGGGGAAACCCACCUUCUUCGAACGCUUCAUCCGCUGGGUCUGCUAAUCAGCUAAUGAGCUCGUUAGAGCUAACGAGCUGUGUUCUAACGAGCUGUUAAAGGUGCAGUCCGUAAGAAUCUUUUUAGUAACGAAUAAACAAACAAAUCAACGUGUUCUCAGAUGUGAAGGUGCUCUGUGCUUUGCAAGGUUUAAGCAAAAAAGUGGCAGAACUUGGAAGCUCAACUUCUAGCUCGUCCAAGAGACACAAGGCACUCUAGAUUUUUGUAUCUUUUAAAUUAGUUAAAUUACAGAUUUCACCUUUAAUUAGCUAAGCCCAAACAACCAAAGCCUCUCUCAUCAGAGAGUUACUGAUACUGAAGUGUAAAAGAGGUUGUAAUUGUAAGUCUUGUUUUUUGUAUUGUAUUGUGUGUCUAGAAGAGAUCCCUCACUGUGAGGUCUGUAUCAGUACGUUUGUAUUUUACACUAAAGGUGCUAUUCUAGUGGAAGGAGUUACAUACACAGUGUCGUGUUGCACAAUCAACUCUGUUUAUCAAAUAGUCUUAAUUUUUAAACAGUUCAGUUUUUCAAACUUUGUAAUUUCAAUAGAUGUGCCGCUUUAUACAUUAUUAUUCCAGUUCAGGGGACCAUACACUCAUUCAGACACACACACACACAUAAAUAUAUAUACACACACACACACACACACACACACACACACACACACACACACACACACACACACACACACACACACACACACCAAUUUGUUCAGGGUUUCAAACUCGGUCCUGACCUCCUGCUGAGCUAGCUACUCUCAACCAAAUAAAACACACAAGUGUAUCAGUAGGAACCUAUACCCAACACACCUUUACCCAACACACCUUUAUCCAACACACCUUUACCCAACACACCUUUACCCAACACACCUUUACCCAACACACCCACAUCUAUACCCAACACACCUUUAUCCAACACACCUUUAUCCAACACACCUUUACCCAACACACCUAUACCCAACACACCUUUACCCAACACACCUUUACCCAACACACCCACAUCUAUACCCAACACACCUUUACCCAACACACCUUUACCCAACACACCUUUAUCCAACACACCCACAUCUAUACCCAACACACCUUUACCCAACACACCUUUACCCAACACACCUUUACCCAACACACCUUUACCCAACACACCUUUACCCAACACACCUAUACCCAACACACCUUUACCCAACACACCCACAUCUAUACCCAACACACCUUUACCCAACACACCUUUACCCAACACACCUAUACCAAACACACCUUUACCCAACACACCCAAGUCUAUACCCAACACACCCACAUCUAUACCCAACACACCUUUACCCAACACACCUUUACCCAACACACCUUUACCCAACACACCUUUACCCAACACACCCACACCUUUACCAAACACAUAUACAGACAAACACACACACACACACACACACACACACACACACACACACACACACACACACACACACAGAAAAUGUGUUUGUUGUAAACUGAACAGUGUGUAAUAAAGCUAGCUGUGGUUAAACCA